AUGAGGGUGGCAUUGGGCAUGCUCUGGGUUCUGGCCCUUAGGGGAUCCCCCCAGGCCUGGAGCUCUUGUCCCCCUCCAUGCAGCUGCAGCCUCCACAUCCUGGGAGAUGGCAGCAAGGCCAGGUAUGGCACCAGCGCCCGGCUGGUGCUAGGGCUGCAAGACAACCCCUGGGUGUGUGACUGCCGACUCUAUGACCUGGUCCAUUUCCUGGGAGGCUGGGCCCCAAACCUGGCCUUCAUAGAGGCCAGACUGAGGUGUGCCAGCCCACGCAGUCUGGCCGGAGUGGCCUUUGACCAGCUGGAACUGAGGAAGUGCCAGAGUCCGGAGCUCCGUCAGGAGGUGGCCAGCAUCAGGUCUCCUUGGGGCAGCACAGUGCUGCUACGUUGUGGAGCCACUGGGGUCCCUGGGCCCGAGAUGAGCUGGAGGAGGGUCAAUGGGUACCCACUCAAUGGCACAGUGCACCAGGAAGUCUCCAGUGACGGCACAAGCUGGACUCUGCUGGGCCUUCCUGCUGUGUCCCACCUUGACUCUGGAGACUACAUCUGCCAGGCCAAAAACUUCCUGGGAGCCUCUGAGACUAUCAUCUCCCUAGUGGUCACUGAGCCCCAGACUUCCACAGAACACAGUGGGAGCCCAGAGGCACUGUGGGCAAGGACAGGCAAGGGGGCAAAAGCUGCUGCAUACAACAAGCUGGUGGCCAGACAUGUCCCCCACAUCCCUGAGCCUGCUAUCCUGGCCACUGGCCCCCCAGUGCCUGGCUCAAAGGAGGAGCUGAUGCUCCAGUACUUCCAGAUGGGGGCCCCUGGAGAGCGCUCGCAUGGGCAGAUGGGGCCUCAGGAGGCCCGAGUGGUGAGGUCUCUCAAGGUGGUGGGGGACACUUACCAGAGUGUGACCUUGGUGUGGAAGGCCCCCCUGGCUGGGAACACAACUGCUUUCAGUGUCCUUUAUGCUGUCUUUGGGCAGCACGACAUGCGGCGGGUGGCUGUGCAGCCUGGGAAGACCAGGGUCACCGUCCAUGGGCUGGUGCCCAAGACCAAGUAUGUGGCAUGUGUCUGUGUGUGGGGCCUGGCACCCCAGAAAGAGCAGUGUGUCAUCUUCUCCACCAAUGAGGUGGUGGAUGCUGAGGCCACUCAGAGGCUCAUCAAUGUGGUGGUGGUCAGUGUGGCCGCUGUCAUCGCCCUGCCCCUCACGCUGCUCGUCUGCUGCAGUGCUCUCCAGAGGCGCUGCCACAAGUGCCACACAGGGGGCUCCAUUGAGGCCACCAGUGCCCAUGUCAACCUGGAGAGGCUGGGCCACAGCGAAGAUAGCUCUGAGGAGCUGUCCCGGCACAGCCUCAGCGAGACUGACAGGCUCCUCUCCGCCCGUUCUAGCCUGGACUCUCAGCUCCUAGAGGCCAGGGGGGGCAGACGGGUCAAUGAGUACCUCUGCUGA